UAUAAGUAUGGCAUGACGCAAAAUAAUUGUUUAAAACUUAAUUUGAUUUUUAAGUAAAUUUACAUUUUUUAUACAUAAUCGAUAAAUCUGUAAAAUCAUUAUAAUGAAGACUUUCGCAGUUGUUCUUGUCGUGAUGGUCUGUGGACGCUACGCUUUGAGCGAUUCCUCCGAAGAAGUCUACGAUAACAAUGGCCUUGCAUGCCCACCUCAUGACUUAUUAAAAGGCAUACAUCCUAGGGCAAUUGUGGCGUUCUUGCAAUGUUACAACGACUUGGACGGAUUGCAGCUGAUCUACGAGAAAUUUUGGAGUACAGCUUAUGUCCAAACGAUGUCCAGUGAAGAAAUUGUUGGCGCAAAGGAGAAUUUAGAUAAUUUCAACUUACUAUUCGACGAUUUAUUUAAGGACAAGCCGUCCGCGUUGGAAUACGUGAAAGAACGCUUGUUGAAAUUACAAAACACAAUGUAUCCGGACCACCAACUCUCCCAGAUGAGUUGUGACGACAAAGCUGCUUUCACGUUGGAAGAAGAGUAUUUCUAAAAGAGUUCAAAUCAUUUUCAACCAAAAUUGACCUAUUUUGUCACAAACAAUAAUAAUGAUUUAUCCGAGUGUCAUUUAUGAAAAUAUAUUUUAAACACUUUGACUCUUUGAA